AAAGGUAAUGGGAUAGUUGGAAAGUCAAGAACAUAACUGAUGUAACCCAGAUGAGUCCAGUAUGUCAAAAACCACAGACAUCAACCAGCCAGAAUCACGCAACUGGCUUAAACAGUGGCGGGCCGUAUUCAUCACAAGACAGGCCCUUCUGCUCAUUGUCAGUGAGGUUGCCGAUCAGUUGCAUGGGGACCUUGUGAACAGAUUACCGGUUCCAGCAUGCAUCACAUGCUCGUCUAAAGAUGUACUGAAGAAAAAUUCAAGUUGCCGAUAUCAUAACGAUUUUCGAGAUGAGUUGGUCAAAGAGCAUGCUUAUGGACAAGCAAGAGGCAUAGGUGCACUAACGUUGAAAAACACAAAAGCAGAAAAUUGGGCUCAUUCAGCUUGGGAGCUCGUCAAGGUGUUCAUGCCACCAGGUGGAUACGAGAACAAAACCGCAAUUGAAGAAACAGAUUUCAAUGGCAUUGCUGGCUUCAUCAUUAAUUGCAAGCGUUUCCAGGGGAAAAUCACAGGCAGUAUCUGUGAAAAGGCUCGAGAAGUGGUCAACCACAUUCGGCACAUGCCAGACUCUUCUUCCAGCGCCCUGACCGACCAGGCAACAACCGAAUGUAUAGAUAACCUGUACGCUCUACUGAAUGAGACAGGGCUGAAGACUCGGCCAGAGGCGAUACAGGCUAGGAAACAAUUGGACGAGCUGAAGACAGCUGACCUAUCCAAAGAUGAAGAUACACGCAAGUAUAUCUGCAAGGAGAUGCAUGAUGGAUUCGGACAGAGACUUGCCGACAUUGAAAUGAAACUUCAAGCAAAAGAAAUUGAUAUAAAAAGCGCUAAGGCAGAUCUUCACUCUUACAGCCAAGGCGUAUUAGAAGCAUUUAAACUUGUUUCUGACGAUACCAUGCACGAUUUAUCAAAGACCAAGGACAAAAUUCUUCUGUUGAUUAAAGACGAGAGAAGACGGAUCAUGGACCACAUAGCUAUUAAGGAAAGAAAGGCAACAAAACAUAUUGAACAAUCUACAAGAGAUGGGCAAAGAACACUUGACAAAACUGUGACAGAAGGUAAAAGAACGCUUGAAGAUCACACAGAGAUACUUACUAGGCGUUUGCGUAAAGAAGGGGUCGAAACUCUACCAAAAAAGAAACUUGAAUUAAAGGCACAGCUAAUCGAGCACUAUAAUAAAACUGAAAGUCGGAUGCCCGUUCGGCUCAAAAUUGACGAAACAAUUGAAAAGAUAUAUGAAAACCCAAAACUUACUGAAAAGAAAACAACAAAUGGCAAGUCAACAGUGGACUGUGACAGUAUCACUGAAUUAGACCAUUUGUUUUCGACUAGUGAUGUACAAAUCGCUGAAAAGAUCAUCGUCGAGGGUGAGCCUGGAACAGGCAAAACGUCUUUGUGUAAAAAAAUCGUGCAUGAUUGGCUUAAAGUAAAUGAGAAUGUUGAGCAGGACCCAACCCCAUCAAAUUUAAGUAAGUUUGAAUUUGUCUUCUUCAUAAUACUUCGCCAUGUUAAAACUAAGAGUGAAGUUAAAGAAAUGAUAGUCGAUCAUAUACUAAAGAAGAUCGAUUCAGCCUAUAAAAAUGCGCACACACUGGUAGGAGAUAUUUUGAAAUCUGAGCACUGUCUUCUCCUGUUUGAUGGUUUGGACGAAUGGCGUGGAGAAAUGCCUUAUGUUGAAACAAGUUGGAGAAACUGCACAACAUUAUUCACAACACGACCGUACAAAUUAGCUGAACUAAAGGUGAUCCCAACGCAGGUCGGUAAACAUGUAAUUUUGGGUGGAGUUCAGAAUCCGGAAAAACUUGUUUUGAGAGUCAUUCAGAAGUUAGAGGAUUUCAUCAAAACAGACAAAGACCCAAAUUCCUGCAUCCAGGAAUUAAAACACAAACAGCUCUGGCAUUUUAGCGAAAAUCCCGUCAUUCUCGUUCACAUUAUUUGGCUUUGGAUAAAAAAGAAGUUAGAAAAAGGCAAGGCUCUCUCCACACUUUACCAGGAAAUUAUUGAUGAAAGAUGGUAUGCAUGUGUGACAAAACAAAGCAGGUUAUAGAUCAACAAGAGUAUUUGAAGUACUGAGCGAGAUAGCAUUUAACAAGCUGCUUUCUGAAAAUAAAGACGAAUCACUGGUGUUUAACAUCAAGGGGAUAGAGCUUGAGAAAUUUAACAAGUAUAAGGAGGCAUCGCUUAAUCCGGUAUCAUGUCUUCCAGCGAUGAGCCUGAUGAACGCCUUCCACAGUACCAAUUUCUUCACAAAACAUUCCAAGAAUACCUUGCAGCUUAUUUUAUGUCGUCAAAACGCGGUACCGAAUUGUCCACAUCCUGCGAGCGUGUGAAAACAAUAUAUUCGAAUCACAGGAUCGAAAGUGUAUUUGUUGAAACAGGUAUUCCUUUUCCUGUGCGGUUUAGAUCCAGUAGCAGCCAAAGAGUUUUCAAAAACGCUUAAUGAGCUGUUUACUGAGAUACUUGAACGCGAUUGUUGUCCUUUCCUUU